AUUUAUAUUUUUGGGCGGCGAAACGAAGUCACCGGCGUCGUCGGUUUCCGUUAAUGAAAAUUUAUUGAUCAAUUUAGAAUUUUAAAGUGCGCAAGAAAUUCUGACGUUAAAAGCUUCAUUGCACGCAAAAGCUACCGCUGUUUUUGGCUUGAACAAGCAGGAAGAGAUUGCACUAAGCAAACGUUUUGACAACCACAGUCAAGAAAUAAUAAAUGGUGUUUUGUUAAAAGGUGCACCUAUACAGAUCGUGAAUGCACUUGCCGAACUGGGAUACCGAGUGAUUACCACUACCGGCGAAUCUGAAACUGUGUGGACCAUGCAACGUGAAGUUUAAAAUGUCGAACUGUGAGCACUCUUGUGACAAUGCAAAGCAUACCUGUGUUAGACACUCCAGUUUAAGUCAGACUUUAGAUGAAUUAGAUUUCGAGCGUGGAGUUUGGCCCGCGGCACAAUUUGGCGACCUCAAGAAGGUUCAAAAGUUAAUUAACAAUGGUGUGGACGUCGAUCUGAGGGACUCUGCCGGUUACACUAGUUUACAUUAUGCGGCAAGGAAUGGGCAUUUAGAUGUAUGUAAGUUUUUGAUACAAAGCAAGGCGGAUAUUAAUGCCGUUACUAGAUCCGGCAGGGUGACGGCACUGCAUCGCGCCUGUACUGCAGGACAAUUGGAUGUUGUUAACUUUCUGAUUGAAUGCAAAGCGAAUAUUGCAAUACGUGAUAGUGAUGGAAAGACCGUCUUGCAUAGGGCUGCUCAGGCAAAUCAUUUAGAAAUUAGUAAAAUUCUCACAUCUGCAUAUCCAGAAUUAAAAUUAAUUAAAGAUAAUAAAGGAAAACUGCCUGAAGAUUAUAUUAUAAAUGAGGCUAUUCGUGAACUAUUUAACGUAUAAAAAGAAUUAUUAAUACUAUAGUAAUGUGGUACAAAAUUAUUAAAUAGUAAUAUAUAUUUUAUAUAAUUGUAUUUUAUAUAAUGUAGAAUUUCAGACGAUUUUUAAUUAUUAAAAAAUGAACUUAACAAUCAAUUAUCAAUUCUUGUAAUAUUUAUACUUCAUAUUUAUAUUGUCUAUAUAAUCUAUGUAAUUUAUGCUAAUCUAAUAAAAUGUUUGCAAUUGA